UCCCUGAUAAAUAUUUAAAUAAUUUUUUCGUAUAAGCUACGCUAAGGUUUGGUGGCCUAUAUACACUUACAAUUGUUAUCAUAUUAUCUAACUUAAGUUUAAUCUCUAUAAUUUCACAUCCAUACUUAGAACCACAAAAAAUAAUUUGAUUAUCUAUGUCAGAUAAAAAUACUACUCCACAUCCCCCGCCACGCUUCUUCUCUCUUUUAGCAAAUAUACACUGGUAUUUUCCAUUAAGAGAAUAUUCAGAUGGGAUACAAUUAGUUUCGUUAAGCCAUGUCUCUGUAAUUAUACAUAAAGAGGGUUUUUUUGUAUUGAGUAAAUGA